UUCUUUCUUGUUAGGUCUAUUCUUUCAGUUUCUUGGUUUUAAUUGUUUUUUUUCUCUUUUUUUGGCUUUGAGCCUUAACUCAUCCUUUAUUGCUAUUUGACCUCUGAGUUUCCUUCUUCUUCUAAGUUGUUUUUUUAUUAUCUUUCCACUGUAAAACCUCUGGACUGCGAUUCUUCGGACUUUGCAUGGUAUACUUGAUAUGGGUUGUUUGCUGGCUGACGAAUUUGGUCGGAAAAACUGCAAGUGCUAAGUUAGGUUGGAGGGGACAGUUACAGUUUUCAGCAUAUCAAUCCGGCCAAAACGUUCUUUUUUCUACAGGUUUCCUACGUUCAAGCCCAGACCUUGACAUAACUCUCUGUUGCUGAACGAUCGUUGGAGGAUAAAAGCUGAAGUGAAAGCUUUCGACUUUUCAACCGACCAGUAAAUUGUGUGAUCCGGUGUUAAUCGAAUCAUGCAGCUAUAUCACCAUCCAUACUCCCUGGAUAGCCAGAAGGUCAGACUAGCUUUGGAAGAGAAGGGCAUUGAUUACACAUCAAACCAUGUCAAUCCUAUAACGGGCAAGAAUAUGGACGCCUCAUUCUUCGGGAUAAAUCAAAGCGCAAAACUCCCAGUUUUCCAGAACGGUUCUCACAUCAUUUUCGACACUAUUGAAAUAAUCCAGUAUAUCGAAAGAAUUGCCGUCUCUUUGGGUGGUGGUGACUCAUCCUUUAGCAGCAGAGAAGUUGUUGAAUGGAUGUGCAAGAUACAGGAGUGGAACCCCAAGUACUUCACACUUUCCCACGUCCCUGAGAAGUACCGCAUCUCUGUUUCCAAAUUCAUUAGACAAGUGAUCAUAGCUCGGAUGGCUGAAUCUCCUGAAUUAGCCAGUUCUUACCACUGUAAGCUAAAAGAUGCAUAUGAAACGGAGGACAGGCUGGGAAACCCUGAAGUUUUGAAACGGAGCGAAGAGCAUCUUGUUAGACUUCUUGAUGAAGUUGAGACCAAGCUAAAAGAAACAGCAUUUUUAGCAGGGGAGGAAUUCUCAAUGGCAGAUGUAAUGCUGAUCCCAGUGCUGGCUCGCAUAGUCCUCUUGAACCUGGAAGAUGAGUACAUAAGUAGCAGGCCAAAUAUUGCUGAGUACUGGGUUUUGAUGCAGCAAAGGCCUAGUUAUAAAAAGGUGAUUGGAAAGUAUUUCAAUGGCUGGAGAAGAUACAAAACACUAGUGAAAACCUGGUGCUUUGUUCGUUUCAGAAGUUUGUUGAGGAGGUAUUAGUAAGAAAAACAGAUGGGAAGUGACAUAAUGGAAGCAGUAAAUAUCAAGGUAAUCUCUGUGAAUUAGGAAGAGAUUUUUGUAUUAGCAAAAAUGAAAUAGAAGAUGUGGUUUGUUUUCUUUCAUAGAAAUGGGAAUUUGUUUUGAUCCGAAAGGUUGAAAGGACAAUUAAGGGUGUUGAGAGAAACUGUAUUAAUAUGGCUUAAUCCCACGGCCCUUAAAGUUAAACUGUA